CUGCUCUUUCAGGAAAGAGACGGCAUCGUGACAGAGAAACCUGCAUUCAAACAAAAGCUGUGUGAAUACCAUUGUAUUAUGGAAGUAUAUCUUCACCUGUAAUGGCCAUAUCACCCAGCCCUAAUUAAGGUGCACAACAAGUUCAAGAUUCUCUUGAUAUAAAAACCACAGGAACUGAAGGACUAUUCGUCGACGACAUUCUACAAGUUGCUGGCUCAAACCAGCAGCUACAAGGGGACAGGCCAUGUUCCAAUCACCUGAGAAGUCUCCUGACGAAGAAGGAUCAGUCUCUCCUGAACCCAGCCAUGUUUCUGUGAAAAGUGACAGCUCCAUGGGCAAACUUAUCAACUUCAGUGACAGACAACAAAGGUUUUCUGACGAAGAAGGAUCAGUCUCUUCUGAACACAGCCAUGUUUCUGUGAAAAGUGACAGCUCCAUGGGCAAACUUAUCAACUUCAGUGACAAACAACAAAGGUUUUCUGACGAAGAAGGAUCAGUCUCUUCUGAACCCAGCCAUGUUUCUGUGAAAAGUGACAGCUCCAUGGGCAAACUUAUCAACUUCAGUGACAAACAACAAAGGUUUUCUGACGAAGAAGGAUCAGUCUCUUCUGAACCCAGCCAUGUUUCUGUGAAAAGUGACAGCUCCAUGGGCAAACUUAUCAACUUCAGUGACAAACAACAAAGGUUUUCUGACGAAGAAGGAUCAGUCUCUUCUGAACCCAGCCAUGUUUCUGUGAAAAGUGACAGCUCCAUGGGCAAACUUAUCAACUUCAGUGACAAACAACAAAGGUUUUCUGACGAAGAAGGAUCAGUCUCUUCUGAACCCAGCCAUGUUUCUGUGAAAAGUGACAGCUCCAUGGGCAAACUUAUCAACUUCAGUGACAAACAACAAAGGUUUUCUGACGAAGAAGGAUCAGUCUCUUCUGAACCCAGCCAUGUUUCUGUGAAAAGUGACAGCUCCAUGGGCAAACUUAUCAACUUCAGUGACAAACAACAAAGGUUUUCUGACGAAGAAGGAUCAGUCUCUUCUGAACCCAGCCAUGUUUCUGUGAAAAGUGACAGCUCCAUGGGCAAACUUAUCAACUUCAGUGACAAACAACAAAGGUUUUCUGACGAAGAAGGAUCAGUCUCUUCUGAACACAGCCAUGUUUCUGUGAAAAGUGACAGCUCCAUGGGCAAACUUAUCAACUUCAGUGACAAACAACAAAGGUUUUCUGACGAAGAAGGAUCAGUCUCUUCUGAACCCAGCCAUGUUUCUGUGAAAAGUGACAGCUCCAUGGGCAAACUUAUCAACUUCAGUGACAAACAACAAAGGUUUUCUGACAAAGAAGGAUCGGUCUCUUCUGAACCCAGCCAUGUUUCUGUGAAAAGUGACAGCUCCAUGGACAAACUUAUCAACUUCAGUGACAAACAACAAAGCACACUCCAGCCAGAGACAAUGAAAGAGAUAGGCAACCGAUCUCAGGAUGACCCACUCGACUUCAUCAGUGUUGCAGAGAAAGAUGCCAAGCAGGAACUCAGAGAUCACCUGAAGAAGAGAAUUCUCGACGAUUAUAAAGAUCAGAAUCAAAAAAAGAUUGACACAGAACUCUUUGUGAUAAAAGCUGUCAAAAGCAAGAAAGACAAACCACAACUUCUAAAAAGUUACAAUGAAAUAUUUGAACCUUCGAACAGUACGCGAACAGUUCUAAUGAAGGGUGUUCCUGGUAUUGGUAAAACAUUUCAAAAAGAGAUGUUAAUGGUUGAUUGGGCAAAAGGAAACUCCAACAAAGACAUAGACUUGAUUGUGUCAUUUAAUUUCAAUGAGCUAAAUUCAAGCAGAGACAAAACUCUAAGCAUGGAAUAUCUGCUUAAUAAUUUCUUCAGUGAUAUCAAACCACGACAAGCUCCCACCUAUGACAAGUAUAAAGUAGCUUUUAUCCUUGAUGGCCUGGAAGAAUGUAAACUUGAUCUUGACUUUGAAAAAAACAAGGACCUGACUGACAUAAAAGAGCGAGCCUCAAUGGAUGUGCUGCUCAAAAACCUCAUCAAGGGGACGUUGCUUCCCUCUGCUCGACUGUGGAUCAUCUCUCAACCUUCAGGAGUUGACAAGAUUCCCUCUCAAUAUAUUCAGAAAGUGACAGAAUGUCGAGAGAAAGAUGCCAAGCAGGAACUCAGAGAUCACCUGAAGAAGAGAAUUCUCGACAAUUAUAAAGAUCAGAGUCAAAAAGACACAGAACUCUUUGUGAUAAAAGCUGUCGAAGGCAAGAAAGACAAACCACAACUUCUAAAAAGUUACAAUGAAAUAUUUGAACCUUCGAACAGUACGCGAACAGUUCUAAUGAAGGGUGUUCCUGGUAUUGGUAAAACAUUUCAAAAAGAGAUGUUAAUGGUUGAUUGGGCAAAAGGAAACUCCAACAAAGACAUAGACUUGAUUGUGUCAUUUAAUUUCAAUCAGCUAAAUUCAAGCAGAGACAAAACUCUAAGCAUGGAAGAUCUGCUUAAUAAUUUCUUCAGUGAUAUCAAACCACGACAAGCUCCCACCUAUGACAAGUAUAAAGUAGCUUUUAUCCUUGAUGGCCUGGAAGAAUGUAAACUUGAUCUUGACUUUGAAAAAAACAAGGACCUGACUGACAUAAAAGAGCGAGCCUCAAUGGAUGUGCUGCUCAAAAACCUCAUCAAGGGGACGUUGCUUCCCUCUGCUCGACUGUGGAUCAUCUCUCAACCUUCAGGAGUUGACAAGAUUCCCUCUCAAUAUAUUCAGAAAGUGACAGAAUGUCGAGAGACCUUGAAGCGCCGACAGCAGCUGGUAUCAAGCCUGAAGAAAAGAUUUUGUGGAGAAUACUCUCAAGUUGAAGACAAAACUCAUCCUAACCAGAAAAACACUGAACACAUUAUUAGAGAAAAAUGUGUUGGUGACGCCAAUGAUGAAGAGAAAAAUGGAAAGCAAAAAGCAUUCAAAAUUGUGAAUGAGACAUCUGAAAUCUUCAAAUGCGAAAAAGGACAGACAGUAAGAACUCUGCUUACUAUUGGAGAACCUGAUAUUGGAAAAACCUUCCACGUAAAGAAGUUCAUUCAAAACUGGGCAGAAAAUAAUGAUAAGAAAUCAUUUUUCAGUCGGAUAUUGACCCGUUUUGUCAAAGCAAAGGAUGAUGAAGAACUUAUAUUUCCACUGGACUUCUUCAAACUUAAUGGGAUAAAAGAGGAAAAAAUCAGCUUGGUGGGACUUCUUAAUCAUUUAUUCGAGGAGACCAAAGAAUCUGUCAUAUCUAACUAUGACAAUGUCAAAGUUUUAUUUGUCUUGGAUGGACUGGACUGUUAUCAACAACCUCUUGACUUCAACCACAGUGACAUUUUGACAGAUGUCCUACAGCCAGCCUCAGUGGAUGUGCUACUGACAAACCUCAUCAAAGGAAACCUGCUUCCUUCCGCCCAGCUCUGGAUAACCUCCCGAUCUUGCUCCCUGCCUGAUGAGUCAUAUGACAGGAUGACAGAAAUACGAGAGAAAGAUGGCAUGCCGGAACUCAGAGAUCACCUGAAGAAGAGAAUUCUCAACGAUUAUAAAGAUCAGAGUCAAAAAGAGAUUGACACAGAACUCUUUGUGAUAAACGCUGUCGAAGGCAAGAAAGACGAACCACAACUUCUAAAAAGUUACAAUGAAAUAUUUGAACCUUCGAACAGUACGCGAACAGUUCUAAUGAAGGGUGUUCCUGGUAUUGGUAAAACAUUUCAAAAAGAGAUGUUAAUGGUUGAUUGGGCAAAAGGAAACUCCAACAAAGACACAGACUUGAUUGUGUCAUUUAAUUUCAAUCAGCUAAAUUCAAGCAGAUACAAAACUCUAAGCAUGGAAGAUCUGCUUAAUAAUUUCUUCAGGGAUAUCAAACCACGACAAGCUCCCAAAUAUGACAAGUGUAAAGUAGCUUUUAUCCUUGAUGGCCUGGAAAAAUGUAAACUUGAUCUUGACUUUGAAAAAAACAAGGACCUGACUGACAUAAAAGAGCGAGCCUCAAUGGAUGUGCUGCUCAAAAACCUCAUCAAGGGGACGUUGCUUCCCUCUGCUCGACUGUGGAUCAUCUCUCAACCUUCAGGAGUUGACAAGAUUCCCUCUCAAUAUAUUCAGAAAGUGACAGAAUGUCGAGAGACCUUGAAGCGCCGACAGCAGCUGGUAUCAAGCCUGAAGAAAAGAUUUUGUGGAGAAUACUCUCAAGUUGAAGACCAAACUCAUCCUAACCAGAAAAACACUGAACACAUUAUUAGAGAAAAAUGUGUUGGUGACACCAAUGAUGAAGAGAAAAAUGGAAAGCAAAAAUCAUUCAAAAAGGUGAAUGAGACAUCUGAAAUCUUCAAAUGCGAAAAAGGACAGACAAUAAGAACUCUGCUUACUAUUGGAGAACCUGAUGUUGGAAAAACCUUCCAUGUAAAGAAGUUCAUUCAAAACUGGGCAGAAAAUAAUGAUAAGAAAUCACUUUCCACUUGGUUGUGGACCCGUUUUGUCAAAGCAAAGGAUGAUGAAGAACUUAUAUUUCCACUGGACUUCUUAAAACUUAAUGGGAUAAAAGAGGAAAAAAUCAGCUUGGUGGGACUUCUUAAUCAUUUAUUCAAGGAGACCAAAGAAUAUGUCAUAUCUAACUAUGAAAAUGUCAAAGUUUUAUUUGUCUUGGAUGGACUGGACUGUUAUCAACAACCUCUUGACUUCAACCACAGUGACAUUUUGACAGAUGUCCUACAGCCAGCCUCAGUGGAUGUGCUACUGACAAACCUCAUCAAUGGAAACCUGCUUCCUUCCGCCCAGCUCUGGAUAACCUCCCGAUCUUGCUCCCUGCCUGAUACGUCAUAUGACAGGAUGACAGAAAUACGAGAGAAGCCUGAUGUCACAAGUCAAAGGAAACUCAAAUCUCAGCUGAGGGAGCAAUUCACCCGGGUGUCUGAGGGGAUUGAUAAGGAGAAAACCUCUGCUCUUCUGAAUGAUGUCUUCACAAAUGUCUUCAUCAUAGAGGGACAGAGGGGAGACGUCAAUGAUCAGCAUGAGGUCAGACAGGUUCAGGAGGCAAAAUUCAAACCAGUAACAGAAGAAAAGCCCAUUAGAUAUCAUGACAUCUUCAAACCUGGAUGUGAAAAUAUACCAAUUAGAACUGUGCUAACCAUCGGAGUGGCAGGCAUUGGAAAAUCUUUUGCAUCAAUGAAGUACAUGCUGGACUGGGCUGAGGGUAAAGCCAAUACAGACAUACAAUAUAUAUUUCCUCUUCCUUUCCGGGAGUUGAAUUUGCAAAAAGACAGAGAGCACAGUUUCGAAGACCUUCUUCAUCAGUUCUGCCCUGCUAUGAAGGAAUCAGAAAUAAGCAACUAUGACAAGUACAAAGUUCUGAUUGUCCUGGAUGGCUUCGAUGAAUGUCGCCUUGACCUAAACUUCAGUCAAGAUAUGGAUUUGACUGAUGUGAAAAAGAAAACCUCCGUGAAUGUUCUGCUUGCAAACCUUAUCAAAGGAAACUUGCUUUCUGAAGCUCAAAUUUGGAUCACCUCCCGACCUGCAGCAUCCAGUAAUAUCCCUGCUGAUAAAGUUGACCGGGUUACUGAGGUGCGAGGAUUCAAUGAUGACCAGAAGGAGGAGUACUUCGGGAAGAGAUUCAGUGAUAAGGAUUUUCUUAUGAAGGUCUUGUCCCAUGUCAAGAAAUCAAGAAGCCUUUAUAUCAUGUGUCACCUCCCAGUCUUCUGUUGGAUCACUUCAAAAGUUCUGGAGGACUUUGUGAAUCGAAACCAAGAAGAGGGCAUGCCCAAGACGCUGACUGACAUGUAUCUUUGCUUUCUUUUGCUGCAAUGCAGACAGGCUAAUGUGAAAUAUGGUGAUGAGGAGACAAGUGAGAGUUCUGAAACAGAUUCAUGCUGGAAUACAAGGAACAAAGACACAAUCCUAUCUUUGGGAAAACUGGCCUUCGAGGAGCUAGAGAAAGGAAACCUUCUCUUCACUGAAGAAAACCUGACAGAGUGUGGUAUUGACAUAGAAAAAACUGCAGUGUUCUCUGGAUUAUUUACUCGGGUUACACGAGAAGGUUGUGGGCAGUACCAGAAUCAUUUUUUCUGUUUUGUCCAUCUGAGCAUUCAAGAGUUUCUGGCAGCUUUUUUUGUGCUUCAAGCGUUCAAUAACAAAGGAGAAAAUCUGCUCUCAAAACCCACCUCAGUGGAUGCAGACUUGUCUGAGGUGGUUGCAGACUUGUCUGCAUCGGACUUCUACAAGAGAGCUGUGGACAAGGCUCUAGAUAGUAAAAAUGGAGACUGGGAUCUGUUUCUUCGCUUCCUGCUUGGUCUCUCUCUGGAAACAAAUCAAAAUUUACUGAAAGACCUUCUGAAAAAGACGGAACAUAACACAGAGACCAACAAGAAAACAAUUGACUACAUCAAACACAAAAUUAGUGAAGAGAUCCAGGAUUCGGAUAAAAACCUCAAUCUUUUCCACUGUUUGAAUGAGCUGAAUGACCAGUCUCUUGUUAAAGAAGUGAAAAAGUACCUGCUGUCAGAGACAAAGGCAUUUGAAAAUUUCUCCACCUCCCAGUGGUCAGCUCUGACUUAUGUGCUGCUUAUGUCCGAUGAGAAACUUGAUGUGUUUGAUCUGAAAAAGUACUUGAAAUCAGAAAAAGUUUUUCUGGGAAUGUUGCCAGUGGUCAAAGUCUCCAAAACUACAUUGCUGAGUUGGUGCAAGCUCUCUGAGGAGUCCUGUAAAGGUCUAACAUCCUCAGUCCUCACUUCCACGUCCUCUAAUCUCAUAGAGCUGGACCUGAGUCAUAAUGACCUGCUGGAUUCAGGAGUGGAGCUACUUGCUAAUGGCCUAAAGAGUUUACAAUGUAAACUAGAGAGUCUCAAGCUGUCGGGUUGUAAGGUGACAGAGAAAGGCUGCUUUGCCCUCGCCUCAGCUCUGGAUUCCAACCUAGCUUCCCCCCUGAAAGAGCUGGAUCUCAGUUACAAUCAUCCAGGAGACAGUGGGUCGAAGAGGCUCACUGCCAUAGCGGAGGAUCCAAAAAGGAAACUGCAGACAUUGUGUUUGGACCAUGGUGGAGCACAUCGGUUAAAGCCAGGACUGAAGAAAUAUGCUGUAGAUUUGAAGUUUGAUGAAAAGACAGCCAGCAGGCGACUUGUAUUUUCUGAAUCGAACAGGAAAGUUAGAACUGUAAAGACAGUGGAGGAGAAGGUUUCACGACUUGCAAAUGAUCACAGGUUUAAGAGGUCUCAGGUGUCUUGUGAGGAGGGCUUGAAAGGCCUUUGGUACUGGGAAGUGGAGUGGAGCGGGGAAGUUUGCAUCUCAGUGGCAUAUGGAGAAGUGUCUAGAAAAUGGGACAGCAGUGGUGGCCUAGGAUGCAACAAGAUGUCCUGGAGUCUUCGCUGCUCAAAGGCUGGAUACACUGCCUUACAUGGGAAAGAAUCCACACCUAUAAAGGGUUCCCCUUGCCAAAAAAUAGCAGUGUUUCUGGAUUGGGAUGGCGGUAGUGUGAGUUAUUACAGUGUGACAUCAGAAACGUCGAGCCUUAUACACACCUUCUCUGCCAAGUUCACACAACCGCUCUUCCCAAGCUUCUGGUUCAGGAAGGGCUCCUUGACUUUGUGUGAGAUCGACUGAAGGACUCUGUGGUGGGAAGAGCUGAGGACCUGAUGCCCUACGUAGCAUUUAGGUUUGUAAAAGCACAACUGCAUCAUUUCAGUUCUUCAACAAUAAUAUGUCACGCUGUUCUUGUUCAGUUGUUCAUACUGAAAGUCAAUAUUAACAGUGCAAAGGAAGAAAUGAAGUGAGAUGACACUGAGAUAUCGUAGAGUUCACAUUGAAAUGAAUGAAUAAAACUGAUUGUACAAAUUGUAAAGCAUCAAUUGUUUAAAACUGCUUUUAUGCAAAACUUUUGCAUUGUUACAUUACAUUUUUACUUAUAAUGAUCAUUGUGUUUACAAAUUUACAAAUUUUUUUUUUGUGCUACAUCAUAGGGAAACUAUUCAAAAAGAAUUGUAUAUGGGUGGUUAUUUUGUGAGCAGCUACAAAUUGUAAAAACAAACAUGCAGAAGCAGAUUUCUGUUUUUAUUCCCCGCAGAUCUGGAAUAAAUCUCCAGAGCUACUACUGCAGAUCUACUGUAUUUGAUUGUCGGUUUUGUUUCCACUAUUUUAUAAAUGUUCUAUGUUUUAUGGGACUUGUAUGUUGAUAUAAAGCACUUUGAAUUUCCAUUGUGCUAGAUAAAUAAUAAAAAACCUGCCUUACAUAACAAUGUAUUAGUUGAUAUUUUAACAUGAAUCUGCAAAAUAACUAUUAACAAAAGUUAGUAGAGUAAAAAAAACAGCCUAGGCCAUACUAUACCCCUCCAGGCCAGAGUAUACCCCAGGGGAUAAACUGUCCUAGGCAAAGUCGGUGACUCCAUGGAUUGGUUGACCUAUCCCGCAAGCUUCAAUCUGCAGUCAUCAACAGAACAUGCACUUUAUCUUGAAAACAAGCAUGAUCAUUUUGAUGUUAUCAGUGUUUAACUUUGAACAUUUAUAUUGUAGCGAGGACUUGCUAGUCUUCGAAGAUGAAGUUUCAGGACGUUAUGACUUUUAUUAUAUUAUGUUACAAUUGCAUUAUGAUUUGGGUAUGUGCUUUUAUUUUAAUGUGUAACACUACUGAGAAGUGUUGUAGUAAUCUUUGAUCUUUGUGGAUGUUUUGAUGUUGUUAUCAGUGUUUAACUUUGAACAUUUAUAUUGUAGCGAGGACUUGCUAGUCUUAGAAGUUGAAGUUUCAGGAUGUAGUAAUCUUUGAUCUUUGUGGAAGUCUAAUAUUUUUUCUGUUUUUCUGGUUGAAGUAAUAAAAGUCUAUGUUUUAGAGUUUUAAGAUUUAAGUCAGUUAGCUUUCUCACUUAACUUACCUGACAAAGCUGAACCCCCAAUAAAAUGUUGAAAAAUUAA